AGAUUUUAAACACGUAGUUAUUUACAUUAAUUCACUUUCAGUACAAAAUCUGUGAGAUAACCAUCACUACUUAAGCAACCAAAAGUUGUUUUGUUAGAUUAGAUUUAAAUCAAUCUAAUCAUGUGACCUACUGGAAACAAAAUAAACUACAGAAAGACAAUCUGCUCACGAAAGUGAAAUAAAAUCUUUCUACAAAGCUUUUGUUAAUGUUGUUUUAGCUGCUUGUCUAAAAAAUGUUUUUCAAAAAGUAAGACGGUUUCAAAUUCCUUCCAUCGCCGUUCCAUAUGUGGAUGUGUACGGUAAAAGAAAAAGGCCACAAACCGCCCCUGAUAAACAGGGAGUGUAACCCCGCAGUAUGAGGAGGCGGUGCUAGUUUUUUUUUUCUUCUUCUUUUUCUGAUGGCUUUGGAGGGAGGGGGGGUUUGUGGUGGAGGCGGAGUCUCGGCAGUCCUGGCAGGGCCGCCAUUUUUGCAAAGGGAAAAGAGACUGGGUUUGGAGGAUCUAAUUUUUUUUAAAGUCGCCGAUGACUGCUGCUCUGUUUAACGGUUUGUGAGCGAUUCCAUAACAUAUUCUGGUUCUGGCGAAACCAAGAAAAACUAUGGAAUUUUCAGAAAUAAGAAGUACGUAAAGGACAAGUUGAUAUACAAACAAUUUGAAGCUUGCCUUAGGAUCCGCAGUGUGUGGACUGAAGUAUUGUUUUGGUUGUGGAAGCUGCGACGGGGGUCUAACCCAGGUCCCCCAUUCAACCAUUCGGUCACUCCAGAUUGGAUUUAAAACGGCCUUGUGGAUGCACUUGGAUGUCUGCAAUGACUGCUGUGGCUGGCAUGCCUCAGUGUUUUGGACUCCCUUUCUCUGGACUCAGUAGGAAAACAAGUAAUAAGCAGAGAACGUCAUGAGCAUAGUCAUCCCAGUAGGGGUGGACACAGCUGACACCUCGUACCUGGACAUGGCUGCAGGCUCAGAACCAGAAUCAGUGGAGGCCAGCCCAGUGGUGGUGGAAAAGUCCAGCUACCCACACCAGAUUUACAGCAGCAGUUCUCACCAUUCCCAUAGUUACAUUGGCCUACCAUAUGCUGACCAUAAUUAUGGGGCGCGGCCCCCGCCUACGCCGCCAGCCUCCCCUCCACCCUCCAUGUUGAUACGACAAGGAGAGGGGGGGCUUUUUGUUUCUGGAGGGCAGGACGAAGCUUCCAGGGGCACAACCCUCAGCACGUCAGAAGAUGGCAGCUACGGGGCGGACAUCACGCGCUGCAUCUGCGGCUUCACCCACGACGAUGGCUACAUGAUCUGUUGUGACAAGUGCAGCGCCUGGCAGCACAUAGACUGCAUGGGCAUCGACAGGCAGAACAUUCCUGAGACCUACCUGUGUGAACGCUGCCAGCCACGGCACCUGGACCGAGAGAGGGCCAUCCUCCUGCAAACCAGGAAGAGGGAGUGCUUAUCUGACGGCGACACCAGUGCCACAGAGAGUGGAGAUGAGGUCCCACUAGAGCUCUACUCCACCUUUCAGCACACACCCACCACCAUCACCUUGACGACCGGGCGACUUGGCAAUAAGCAGGUUGAUAAGAAGCGUAAAAAAAGUGGUGAUAAAGACCCCCCAGCACCCUCUGCCAAAGCUAAAAAGGCCUUCAGAGAAGGAUCCAGAAAGUCCUCAAGAGUAAAGGGUGCUGCUCCUGAGGUGGAGCCGGUGGAGCACCCAUCUCUGUGGGAGAGCAAGAUCAAGACGUGGAUGGAGCGUUAUGAAGAGGCCAGCAGCAAUCAGUAUAGCGAGGACGUUCAAGUCCUGUUGCGCGUCAAAGAACAAGGUGACGGCAGAAGCUUGGCUUACAACACGCACCCGGCCUCUUUCAAGCCCCCAGUGGAGAGUCAAGUUCAGAAGAACAAGAAAAUCCUGAAGGCUGUGCGAGACUUGGCCCCAGACUCCCUGAUCAUUGAGUACCGGGGAAAGUUCAUGCUUCGGCAGCAGUUUGAGGCCAAUGGAUACUUCUUCAAGAGGCCGUACCCGUUUGUAUUAUUUUACUCCAAAUUUGACGGGUUGGAGAUGUGUGUGGACGCUCGCAGCUUCGGUAACGAAGCUCGAUUCAUUCGGCGUUCUUGCAGCCCUAAUGCCGAAGUGCGGCACGUCAUUGAGGAUGGCAUGUUGCAUUUAUACAUCUACUCGCUAAGGCACAUCACUAAAGGCACAGAGAUCACAAUCGGUUUUGAUUUCGACUAUGGCAACUGUAAAUACAAGGUGGACUGUGCCUGCGUGAAGGGAAACCAAGAAUGCCCAGUGCUGAAGCACAACCAGGAGCCCACGGAGAACAUGGGUGCAGGUGGCAGGCGCCGAGGGAGCCGCAAAGACAAGGACUUGGUCCGAGACGACCAGGGGCAGAACCAGAACGUUGCUUUAGACGGCGAGGGGAAAGGCAGGAGUGUGGGUGACGGCAAACAAAGAAAGCUUUCUCCUCUUCGCCUCUCCAUCUCCAACAACCAGGAUCCUGAGUUAUUUGAGGAUGUAGAGGACAAAACCUCCAUUAGCAAUGAAGUAGAGAUGGAAUCAGACGAGCAGAUUGCAGAGAGAAGGAGAAAGAUGAUUCAGGCCAACCCGGCAGAGCAGUCCCAUCUCGCUGUCGGGGCGGCUUCAAGCUGGAGGGGACUGAAACUCAAGGAGACCCGAGAGGAGAGGAAGAUGGAGGCCAUUCUGCAAGCCUUUGCUCGGAUGGAGAAGAGGGAGAAGCGCAGAGAGCAAGCCCUGGAGAGAAUUGGUAGCAUAAAAUCAGAAAUUGGGGGCCGUGGCGAGGUUAAAGAGGAACCUCCUGCCACACCAGAGACUGCCGAUUCUCCAGCAGUAACGCAACCUCUUAUUGAGGUGAAGGAGGAGCCGGGCCUAAAGCCAGCAAAAGUAAAGCCUUCAAGGAACAGGAAGAGUUUCUCGAGGAACCGCACUCACAUCGGCCAACAGCGCCGCCGAGCCCGGACUAUCAGCACCUGUUCGGACCUGACCCCCGGCUCUCCGGCCGAGACUGUGGAGCCUCUAACCAGCGACGCUCCAGAGGGAGAGACGCUUCCUUUGCCAGAGCCAGAGGCGGUCUUGUCACAAGCCCCUGAGAGCAGCCCUCCUCAGAGCAGCUCGCCAGCGCCCGACAGAAUCCGAACAGCGAGCAAAAACUUUAAAACUAAAAAGCACUUUGUGAGCGAAUGGGUGGGAGAGAAACAGCAGGACCGCUGUGCCGUACGAACACCAGAACCAGUCCCGGAGAGGCCGCUCAGAAUAAGCAGCGACCCGGAGGUUCUUGCCACGCAGCUCAAUGCCUUACCUGGCAUGGCCUGCUCGCCACAGGUCUACAGCACGCCCAAACACUACGUCCGCUUUUCAUCCCCAUUCCUGGCAAACCGCAGCCCGGCGACCCCCGGAGUCCCCAGUGGGAGACGGCGGUCGCGGGAACUGCCGGAAACGCCACCAGCCACCGGCUCCUGCAAAAAGCGAUGGUUGAAACAAGCGCUUGAGGAGGAAGGGUCCACAAGCCCAGCAAGACGACUGAGUCUGCUCGGCGACAGCCCCCUCAGCCCCUCCAUCAGCGGGGACUCUGACAGCCCCCUGCCCUACAACGGCACCUGCUCACUACCUGAGCUGCCCACCCCUUUGAAAAAGCGACGGUUGAGCCCGUUGGAUGCCUGCAUGUCUGAGAGCUCCACCCCCUACGGUUCCCCUUGUGCCACACCCACACGAGCCGACCAAUCGGAAACCCACGGAACGCCCGUCUUAUUAACCACGCCGCCUCGACCCCGAACAGAGGAACCAAGUGCAGAGCCGGUCUCCAGUACUCCAACUCACGUCCCCAACACCCCUCAGGAGAGUGAAUCUUCAAUGGAGACCUCACCAGAGGUUUCCGGCAAGCCCUGUGUGCAAGAGGCUGAUCGUCCUCCGUCAUUGGUCUCCUCUCCUUGCACCAGGAACCCCACUUCAGAAACACUCGCAGCAGAAGUAAAGUUGUCUGUUCCAGAGAGUCCUCAGCCUCCACCUGCUGAGUCGGAGGACAGCAGUGAGGACCGGACAGAGGGAGGUGUCACAGAAGGCACAAGUGAGCCUUCCACCUGUGUAGAAACGUGCGCUUCCUCUUAUCCUGGGUGGAUAAAAAGCCCAGAAAGGGGCUCGACUGGACCAGCUGGCCUGAACUUUUCUCCAGUCAACUCGAACUUAAGGGACCUCACCCCGUCUCACACCCUGGAGCCUCUCUCGUCUCCUUUCAGGCACGAGGCUGCAGCUGGAGCUACAGCAGGGACGGGGUCACAGGCUCCCUCCCAGCCUCAGUUUAGUGAGUCCCAGGGACAGCUUUUUUACCCCUGCUUGGAGGAGGGGAGCAUACUUAACGUCUCGCGUUCUCUGAAUGGGGAUGGCAGCGGCGAAGGAGGGUCUGCACAGAACCCCCCACAGAAGAAAAAGGUUUCUCUGCUCGAGUACCGAAAGCGUCAGCGAGAAGCUCGUCGCAGCGGCUCCAAGACCGAAUGCAGCUCCCCCGUUUCCACCCUCCCACCCCUGACCGUGGACGCUUUCCCCGUGACCACGGAGCCUGUCGGCGACCCCCUUUUACCCCCUGCUCCUUGUAACAACGUCACCACGGGAAAAGAGCCCCAAAGCGAGGAGACGGAAGCUGGGGGAGAAAAAGGAGAAGAGAGAGGAGAGGGGCAGUGGACCUCAUCGACUUUUGUGGAACAGACCAGAGAGCGCAGCUACCACAGAGCCCUCCUGCUCAGCAAAGACAAGGAGACGGACGGUGAGACUGAAGGAGGGGAGACCCCGGGACUGAGAGAGUGUGCAUCUCCAAGUGUUCAGAAAACCCCAACUCACACCUCCUGCUCUCCUGGCCCUUUGGCCCCGCCUUCCAGUCGCUCUGCAAGGGAGGAAGAUGGAGACGGUCAGCCUUGGACGCCAAACCCAAGCGGCCAGCCGCCCAACAAGCCAGCUGGACCUAAGCCGGCUCCUUUGACUCCAACAAAGCUGCUUCCUGCUCCUCUGCCCUCGUCUCCGGUCCAUUACCCAGGAUCCUCUCUGCUUCAUUCUCCCAAACCGCAGCCUCAAGGCUCCCCCUACCGCAGCCAGAGGGCGCUGUUCUCCGGCCAACUUCAAAACCAACCACAGCCGCAGGCACAGACCGGGCCUGCUCCUUUCCCCCCGUACAACACCCAAAGCGCGCCUCCCCCACCUCCCCCUCCUCCACCAGCACCGCCCGUCUCCACGGGCUACUUCCAGAACCAGAGCCCCUCCACUGCCGGACCUUUUCCCGGGUACAAACCUGCGGUCACGCCCCCGUACCCGCAGGGCUCGCAGUCCUUACUGCAGACUCUUCCUCACAGCGUGCACUAUCAAACUUCAGCUGCUCCGCCCCCGCCUCCUCCUCCACCCCCGCACGCGAUGGCGGCCCCCACCCUGCUGCACGUCAGCAUGCAGCCUCCCCCCAUGCAGCAGCUCCUGAUGACCUCCGCCCCCCCACCGCCACCUCCUCCACAGGGGCAGAGCUCUCAGCAGCAGCAGCAAACCCCGUCUGGUAGCACCCUCAUGUCCCUCACCCCACCGCCCCCACCUCCCCCACCCCCACCUGCCCCCGCCUCCAGCGCUGCACUGCAGCCCCACCACUAUCAGAACUUGGGGGGGUUUCAAGCGCCUCUGAUGCACCCCGGCGGCGCCUCAAACCCAUCCGUGCCCCCGACCACAUACCCGCCUCCCAUCCAGCAGACAGGACUGCCCCCGCCUCCCCCUCCACCCCCCCAACAGACUCAACAGGGACAGGCCCAGGCCACUUCCCCCCAGAUGCCUUCUGGGCCUCGUGGAGCUUCGGCGUCCUCGACCCCCUUCCACAGCUCGGGGUACUUAAGCACGGGGUGGCACUAAGCGCCCUCCUGCAACCCCCCUGCCCCCACCUAAGAGCUCUGCCUGGGGUGUGUACCAUAAAGUGUACAUAUGUUUUCUAUGAACUCAUGGCCAGUGGAAAACAGCUGAAUGUGGGAUAAAAGGGCACCUAAGAAAAAAUAAAUAAAUAAGAAAUAUGGGGGUGGGGGGCGUAGAGAAAGUUUUACGAACUGAACUUUCAGAGAAGACGUGUGAAAAUGAAGAUGAACUAUCCACCUGGUGCUCCCGGCCCCCUCCGUCUGGCCUCCACUCGUUUUUGUAUGACUUCCUGUCGGCGUUGGGGAGGAGAGCUCCGUUCUGUCUUCAGCUCCUGCACUUUGAAUAUCGGUGGACAUUCCAGGCCCCCCCCUCGACCCCCCAGGUCCUCCUCUCCGUUAUCCCCGAUACGUCUGUCGUCAGCUCUGUACUCCAUUCGUUUUAAUCUAUUGGGUCAUUAUAACAAAGAGAAAAAGCUUUUUGUAUAGAGAAAAAAAAAGCAAUUAUUUUUUUUAUUCUUCUGUCUAACAACAAAUAAUCUGUUCACCGCUGCAGAUUCAGGAAAGAACGAUUCGGAGGAGACUGCGUCUCCGCCGCAGGAGGCUGCACUUGUGUGUCUGUGUGCGAGUGUGUGUGUGUGUGUGUGUGUGUGUGUGUGUGUGUGUUACGGCGUGUAUGGCAGCUUAGGGGAGUCGAGCGCGCGAGUUUUCGUGCUUGUAGUCUUCUGUGGUAGGCAGAUGGGUCUCACCUACAAGUAGGACGUUAGCGGCUUAUUUUUGAAUAUCAAUGGUUCUUUGUAGAAAGUGUAAUUUAAUGUAUAGGUGGUUACUUCAGCUUUCACCAGAAACAGGAUGUAAAUAUCGGCUUCUUUUCUUUUCUAUGCUUGUAAAAUUCGCUCCCAUCCCAUUUUGAAAUAUAGAUGUAAAUAUGAUCGUUUUUUCUUGGCAAAGCUGAAUGUUUCUGUGACUGUAGCAUUAUUUUUAUUUUAUGGUUGUUGUUUUAUUUUCUCCCUUUAUUGACAACUUAACCUUGUUUUUUUAUUAUUUGUGUGUGUGUGAGUGUAUGUUUGUGCGGAGGGGAAAAACUCACAGACACUGCACUGGUUGGCUAUUUUCAUGGUUCAUUAUAAUAAAUCACUGUAUUGACAGUUUUAAACCA